GGUACCUGAACUCUUCGGCAGUAGUUGACUGGAGAGGAUGGAGCUGCGGCGCUGGUGUUGUUUUCUCCGCCACACAUUCAUCUGAACUGUCGACCCAGCCGGAGCGACGUGAGCUGCUCGGAGCCUUCUGCCCGGGAAACCACCCUGAAUGGACUACCACAGCACCGAGACAACAGCAGCCCGCCGCUUUAUUUCACUGAGGACAACACUCAACAACAGCUGUCUACAUUUGCCAGUGAGGAAAGCGCGUGGGGAUGCUUCGCGCGGGUAUAGUGAGAGAAACGCGCGCGCUUAAUGAUAAGUAUUUAGACAAGUAGCUAAUUAGCUUGUAAUUACAUAAGUGGUGUUUAAACCGCCAGUGUGGUUCGCGUGUCUGCUCCUAGGCUAAAUUUAGAACAACGCGCUGCCAGCGGAGGACACGGUAGUAUUUAUUCAGUAGGACUUUUUCAUUUUUUCAUUAACGCACCUUGGAUUUCAGUCGUUGUCACAAAGCAAGUGUGGAGCCGAGGACGAGGUCAAAACAAUUCAAGACAGACCUGAUUCAAAGAGAGAGAUGACCCUAGUUUUGUCCAUGAAUCCUUUCCUGGACCCAGAGGGAGACCCUCCGCUCUCCACAUAUCAGCCCAUAUGGGAAUCAGAGCGUUGCACUAAGAGUUGCCUGUCGAGUCCUGCCCCACCAUGCAGCUCUGAGGAGCAAUUUACACAAGAACCCCCCUGCAGGAGAGUUCCUGAUCAUGUUUCAGUAUCAAGGAUUGCAUACUUCAAGAGGAAGUUUGUUGAUGAUGACGAUGAGCCCCCCUUUAGCUUCAGGACGUACUGCCAGACUGUUGCACCCGUGUUGGAGGAGCGCGCCCAUGUGCUGCGCCUCUCCCUGGAGAAGAUGCGGUUCAUUGACGACCCUGAAGCCUUCCUCCGACGCUCCGUUCUUGUCAACAACCUCCUCCGGCGCCUGCGAGCUGAGAUUCUGCUUCAGAGUACUGACUGGUGCUUCCCACCCAGCCCUGCGUUUACCACUGGCCCCUGUGUCCCAGCACCCAGCACUAACCCUGCUCACCAGGCACUCCACGGAGCAGUACCCACCAGAAUCUGCUUAGCACCCCAAGCCGGACCGCCCUUCCGUAAGCGCUUCCGAAUGGUCCGUGGUGGACAGGGGGAUCUGCGCCCUGACUGUGCCCAGACAUGCUGUUGCAUCUACGCAGCAGCGGCCGCUGCAGGACACUACCUCCACCUCCCGUUCUCCAUGUACGACGCAGCACUCUCAACCUGCCCGUCCACACCACACUCCUCCUCUUUUUUUCAGCUAGCUAGCCAUAGUAAGUUAGGGCUGACAGUGGCCAUAGAAGAGCAUGAUGAUGAGGAUGAAGAUGUUGAUGAGGAGGAGGAAAAUGAAGAGGAGGAAGAGGAAGAAGAAGAGGAUGAUAGAAGAGAAGCUGGGCCUUCCCUUGAUGUUGUUAAAGACAAGUCAAGCCAGAAAAGUAGGACUAGGACCUUGCUGGGUCACGCACACACAAGGACAGAGGAGGACAGCUGCAUGACAGAUAGGGUAGAAGAGGAGGAGGAGGGAGAGCAGGAAGAGGAAGAGGAGGAGGAGGAGGAAGAGGGGCAGGUUGUGAGACCUUGUCAUUGGGACUCUACUGCCACAGAAAGGGAGCUCCACAAGGUGAGCUUUUGGCACCGCAGAGCUCAUAGACAAUGAUUGUGCUUUCUGAGAAGUUACUUCCAUUCUACGUGUGUUAGAAUGAAAACGUAAUGAUGACGACAACUGUCAUCAGUUGAAGAUUAUUUCUCCUCAUAGCAGAUGAAGGUGUGAGCUACCUACACUAUAAUAAUGCCAAGUCAGCUUUAUUUUAAUGGUAUAAUAUACUCAAGGUUCGCACUCAGACUCCAACUCUAUUGCUAAUGUUAUGGUCAAAUGAAAAAAAAAUACACAGGCAGUUCUUGGCCACUGUUGGCACUGGAAAACAUUUCUCAAAGAAUUAUGUAGGCUAAGGUCACAUAUGGUGGGAUCUUAAAUCCCAAAAGUGAAGUGAAGGGUCUCCAAGACUAUUUUCAAGCCCCACAGCACAAAACUAAAAGGUCUCAAGUGGGGCUUUGUAUCGGUGCACCGGUCUCGUUUCAGGACCCUAAACAAGCCUAUGAAAUGAAGGGUUGUGGAUUUUGGAGUGCGUGCUUCUGUGCGUGUAUGUGCGUGUGUGUUUGCAAGAUAAGAUGUAGCAUUUUAAAACUUGAUUUCAAGCUGUUGUUUUUAUGAAACAUGGGUUACGCAUUAUUAUGUGUGCCUGUUGAUUGUGACGCUGUCUCAGGCAAUGGCGAGCGACUGUGCUGCAGUGGCGGCACCACGUGUAUUCUUCAAAUGAUUCUAAGAGACAACAAUCAUAAACAUUGGAAAUGUUAAAUCACAAGUUCAAGUGCCUUAGUGUUUUUAUAGAUACAUGUAUAUUGUGUGUUAAUGUAAUUGUUCUUGUUACUAAGUAUCUUGCAUUCCAAGUGACUGCGUUUGACAAAAACAGGACACAGGCAUGUAGUUAAAUGCAGGGAUUCUUUUCAAAUGUCUAUGAAAGUUCAAAGCAAACUCAAUUUCCACACCCAAAAUAUGUUCUGUUUGUUUUUACUUCAAAAUGCAUGUUUUCUAGCACUCCCUGUCUUGACAAUGCACAAACUUAAAGCCAACUUUCAAGGACAGUUGCCUUGAAAAGUGAAUUGUUUUCAAAACCUCUGUUACGCUAGUUAGAAUCAACCAGAGAAGGCUUGUUACGGUUUGGCUGGUCUGUCCACUGAUGAGGCUUCACCACAAAGAAAGGUGAAGUCUAUCUGUAGCAUCACACAAUCAAAAUGGUCCUUUCUCCACAUUCGUCACAGAUGUACAUGUGUAGCACACACAGCAGGACAGGUCAGACUGAUAAAAGCUAUUCAGUGGGUUUUCAGUUAGCUCAAUUUGGAAAUAAAAGGAAUAAUUUGCCAUUUUAGGAAAUAUACUUGAAAAUAUACGCUGUUUUCCGCGAGUAAGAUGAGAAGAUCGAUACCAAAGUUAGCAAAAUCUGUUUCCCAGCACCUCUAAAGCUCACUUAUUAAUAUUUUAUAACGUUAUAUAUGUAUAAAUAUAUUAUAAAAAAUUAUUAAUUAACUCCCUGGUGUCACCACUGGUUGCUUAGCAACUAUGGGUGUAACUAUACAUUGAUCUGGUUUGAUAUAUUGAUUCAGUGAUCAUCAGUCCAAUAUUAUCGAUGCAGAGUGAAAAAAAUUGUACAUAUCGCUAUCUUUAAAAUACGCCUUUAUUUUGAAAUUGUCACCGUUUUCAUCCAAGCGCACCUUUCUUAACACUCAAACAGUGCUAGCAGCAGGCAAAUCAGCGUAAACAGCCAAGAAAAACACAAUGAUGGUAUUUACUGAUAUUGUCUCAUAUCCAUCACUGAAUUGAACCAAGAAAUAGUCAAGGCAGGUAUGACUUUAUUUACCCAAAGGGUAUGCACAGAAAAAUGUGUCUUGCCCGGCGAAUUUGAAUUGCUCAACUUCAGUAAUUGCAUUGAAAAAAUGAAUCUGAAGAACAAUGUUUGAAAUUGUUUUUUUUUUUACUUUGUAACUGAAUUCCAGUUAACUUGAAACUGUUUCUAAUAUUAUGAAAUUGAAUUCAGUUGAUCUAAAAACUAUUUGAUCCUCCUUUGAAAAUUCUACUCUCUCAAUACUCUCACAUUCAGUCUUGCUGUCUCAGAGAAAAAUUACUUUAUUUGAGUUUUGCAGCUGAUCUGUUAUCAUGGUAACAUUUUGGCUUGAGUGGGCUGGAAUGUGUCAUUUUUACACUUCGGGUGUUGCUCAGAUUAAUCAACCAAGAUAAAAUGUGUUAAUUGAGCUUUAGAGGUGCUGGAAGGCUCCUUUCUUUACCUUUAGGCUAGCUGUGUCUACCUGUUUCCACUCUUUAUGCUUAGCUAAAGAAACUGGUUGUGAUAUUGAUAUCUUCUCAUCUAACUCUCGACAACAAAAGGAAUGUUCUCCCUAUGGCAGUAUGACCUGCCUUGUUGUUGGUGCCCAGAAUCAAGCAUAAAUGACAGAGCAGAAUCACAGUGAUUGAAGGACAUUGUCAGCCUAUUAAGGUAUAAAUUGGUGACUAUAUAUAUAUGUCAUCUCAAAAUAAGAUAGAUAAAAUAGACCCAUCCCACAACAGUUCAUUUUCUACUUAACUCAAAGAAACUAAUGGAGGACAGAUACAUUACAAAACCAGUUCUAAUCUAUGAGUACGAGCCUUUGUCAUGAUGGCAUGAUCAGCUCUUUCUUUGUUGGUGUUUCUCAUUUGGUACAAGAAUUGGAUGGUCUCAGUCGGUCUGUUAGGUGGAAUUAUUCCUGCCUCGCCACUUUUGUUUUGGAUGCACAAAAUAACAGUUUGCAUCCCUAAGACUGUUUUGGCAUCAGUGAGUGACACAUCUACAGUUAGACAAGUCGAGUACCAGCCUAUUUCACUUCAUUUCUCUGAACCCUCAACGACAAAACCCAGUGAUUAUCGGUGGUAUUUUUUAAAGAUGAAAAAAUUGGACAAAGCAGUGUUUGUUUCCGAGAAGAAAACAUGUAACUGCGUUGUCUGUUAUUAAAAAACAAAAGAGCAGGUCUGCUCUGAUUAUUUUAUGUGAUGUUCUGUGACAAGUGUAAA